AUGAGCGAUCAGCAGCAUGCCCCUGCGGCAGGUGCCAGUCUUCCUCCUCAAUCUACCCCACGUACACACCGCAAGUCGCUCUCCGUCGACGACAUCCGAGCACAGCCGCCAAAAGGUAGCCGCACAUUCAUUGACCUCCUUUCAUCUACGUUCCUUCCACGAUUCAGAGACAAAGCUGACCCACCCCUUCUAGUCAUCUCAGUACCCGAUAUGCCAGCAGUUCAGGAGGAGAAGCCUUCGCCUAAGGGGCGCCUGCUUCUAGUAUCAAACCGCUUGCCGAUCACCAUCAAGCGCUCUGACGAAGGUAACUAUGACUUCUCCAUGUCCUCCGGCGGAUUGGUGUCAGGAUUGUCGGGCUUGUCAAAGACGACUCAGUUCCAGUGGUAUGGGUGGCCGGGUGUGCAGUUACCGGAGAAUGAGAUUCCUCACGUGAAGCAGAGACUCCUGGACGAGUUCUCUGCUGUGCCGAUCUUUCUGGAGGAGGAGCUUGCCGAUCGCCACUACAACGGUUUCUCCAACUCGAUCCUGUGGCCACUACUCCACUACCAUCCUGGCGAAAUUACCUUCGACGAAUCUGCUUGGGAUGCGUACUGCGAGGCCAACCGCAUCUUUGCCCAGGAGGUCGCAAGGGAUGUCAAGGAUAACGACCUUGUCUGGGUUCACGACUACCACCUAAUGCUCAUGCCAGCUAUGCUGCGUGAGGAGCUUAAGAAGCUCGACAACCCGCCAAGCAAUGUCAAGUUUGGCUUCUUCCUGCAUACUCCUUUCCCGUCCUCAGAGAUCUACCGCAUCUUACCUGUGCGUAACGAGAUUCUGGAAGGUGUGCUGCACUGCGACCUGCUCGGCUUCCAUACAUACGACUAUGCUCGCCACUUUCUCUCGUCUUGCGCUCGCAUUCUCGGUCUGCCAACGACGCCAAAUGGAGUCGAGUAUCACGGCAAGCUCGUCUCGGUGGGCGCAUUUCCUAUCGGCAUCGAUCCCGAAAAGUUCUCCGCGGGCCUGCAGAAGGAUAAUGUGAAGCGUCGUAUUGAGACGCUGGAGAAGAAGUUCGAGGGCGUGAAGCUCAUUGUGGGAGUCGACCGCCUUGAUUAUAUCAAGGGCAUGCCGCAGAAGCUGCACGCGCUUGAAGUCUUCCUCACUGAGCAUCCAGAGUGGAUCGGUAAAGUGGUCUUGGUGCAAGUCGCCGUGCCAUCCCGCCAGGAUGUCGAGGAGUACCAGAAUUUGCGAGGCGUGAUCAACGAGCUUAUUGGUCGUAUCAAUGGCAAAUUCGGCACCAUCGACUUCACGCCCAUCCAUUUCCUGCACAAGUCAGUCAGCUUCGAUGAGCUGAUUGCACUGUACGCCGUGUCGGAUGUCUGUCUGGUCAGCUCGACGAGGGAUGGCAUGAACCUGGUGUCCUUCGAGUAUAUUGCAUGCCAGGAGAAGCGACAUGGUAGCAUGAUCUUGUCCGAGUUUGCCGGUGCCGCGCAGUCUCUCAACGGCUCACUGGUUAUCAACCCCUGGAACACCGAGGAGCUGGCUGAUGCUAUCCACGACUCCGUCACCAUGAGUGAUGAGCAGCGUGCAAUCAAUUACCAGAAGAUGGCUCGCUACGUGAACAAGUACACCUCCGCCUGGUGGGGUGAGAGCUUUGUCUCGGAACUCACAAAGAUCAGCGAGCAGGCUGAGAGGAAGCUGAAGGUCCGGAAGCAAUCUCUCAUCAUGGAUCCGGCACAGACGACGAACCGCAGCAAGCACGACGAGGCGAUCAGCGACGACACACACGAGAUGGCUCGCCGCCCGAAAGAUGCGCCCGUACACAAAGGUAUUACCGCUGGCGAGGACAGUGAUGAUGAAGACGAGGGAAUUGUGUUGGCGGCUACAAGGUCGGGUGCCACAUCACCGCGCACUUGA